GUUUAUGUGUCUCUCUCUCUCUCAUUUGAACUUAGGACUUUAAAUGCGAACUUGAAUCGCCCCACCUUCACCUUCUUCCCCAUUGGGAUCAAAGCCGCCGCGGCAUAUACUCUAACGCUUCUCACUUAUCCUCCCACCCCACCUUCCUUUUUCUCUUUCUUUGUGUUGCUAGCUAGCUUUUUACCCUACUUUCUGCAAACCGAUUUCAAUCUUUCUGGGUUCUUUCAAUUUCUGGGGUUUUGUAGAUCAAAAACUAUAUGCAUUAGUUUUCAUACCGAAAAUUUAGGAUCUUUAGCGGUAAAAGUGCUAAAUAGUUCAUUCGAUCCUCUGCAUGUCUCUGAGUCUCUGAAACUGCAUUUGUAUAGUUGCAUUGUUUCACAUUUACUUGAAGAACGACCAUGGAUUUCUUCUGCGUUUCCCUGAGAGCCAAUGUGCAAGUCUGUGCAGGAGGGGAUGCUGGAUUCUGGGGAGAGAGGGUUCGCCAGAGCCUCAAGAACAGGGUGGGUCUUGAUGCUCGUCUGUGGAAGCGGAAGGCUGAUUACAGCAAAUCGGAAAAUUCUAGACAUUUUACUGCUUUUUCUCUCCUCACACCCGAUGUUGAAAUAGAAACCAAGACACUGAUGGAUACUGCUACGUUUGAUAAUCCGAUAGUAGAUCCCAAGAAUAUUGCUUCGAUUAUCCUAGGCGGCGGCGCCGGUACGCGCCUAUUUCCCCUCACCGGAAGAAGGGCAAAACCAGCUGUUCCGAUCGGGGGUUGUUAUAGGCUCAUUGAUGUACCCAUGAGUAAUUGCAUCAACAGUGGCAUUAAGAAGAUAUUCAUCCUCACUCAGUUCAAUUCCUUUUCACUCAACCGGCACAUUGCUCGCACUUAUAACUUUGGUAACGGAUUGAAUUUCGGGGAUGGCUUUGUGGAGGUUCUGGCAGCCACUCAAACCCCGGGGGAAGCAGGAAAGAAGUGGUUUCAAGGAACAGCAGAUGCUGUCCGACAAUUCACAUGGGUAUUUGAGAACGCAAAGAACAAGAAUGUGGAGCAUAUUGUUAUUCUGUCGGGAGAUCACCUCUACAGGAUGAAUUAUAUGGGAUUUGUGCAGAAGCAUAUAGAUACUAAUGCUGAUAUUACAGUUUCUUGUGUCCCUAUGGAUGAUAGCCGAGCAUCGGACUAUGGUUUGAUGAAGAUCGACGACAAGGGUCGUAUCAUUCAAUUUGCAGAAAAACCAAAGGGUCCUGCACUUAAAGAGAUGAAAGUUGACACGUCUAUUCUUGGGCUGUCAGAAGAAGAUGCGGCUCAGUUUCCCUACAUUGCGUCAAUGGGCGUUUAUGUAUUCAAAACCGAUGUCUUGCUAAAGCUUUUAAGAUUGAGCUACCCUUCUUCUAAUGAUUUUGGCUCAGAAAUCAUUCCUUCUGCUGUCAAAAAUCAUAAUGUUCAGGCUUAUUUGUUCAAUGACUAUUGGGAGGAUAUCGGAACGAUAAGAUCCUUCUUCGAUGCCAACUUGGCUCUAACCGAACAGCCGCCUAAGUUUGACUUUAGCGAUCCGAAGACACCAUUUUUCACUUCUCCAAGAUACUUGCCUCCUACCAAAAUGGAGAAAUGCAAGAUUGUUGGUGCUAUAAUUUCACAUGGGUGUUUCUUGCAUGAAUGCUACAUCGAACACUCGAUUGUGGGUGUUCGCUCGCGCUUAGACACGGGUGUUGAGCUUAAGGAUACAAUGAUGCUUGGUGCCGACUUCUACCAAACUGAAUCGGAAAUUGCAGCGAUGUUAGCUGAAGGAAAGGUCCCCAUUGGUGUUGGCCGGAAUACAAAAAUCAGAAAUUGCAUAAUUGACAAGAACGCAAAGAUUGGAAAAGAUGUGAUCAUUGAAAAUAAAGAUGGUGUUGAAGAAGCUGAUAGGCCAGAAGAAGGAUUCUACAUUAGAUCUGGGCUCACUGUAAUAUUGAAGAAUGCUACUAUAAAGGAUGGCACCAUUAUAUAACCAAAUAAGCAGAGGAUUGAAUCGAUCAUGUAAAUCAAGGGAUCUUAAUUCUAUUUACUAAUAUCGGUGUUGUGUUUCCUCUAUAAAUUAAGUUUAAAUAAAUUUCUAAUUUCUUCCUGCUUCCUUUAC